CAACCUUCCAACACAUCAUGGCUCCUGGGAAACCCCGUUCUGGGCGGUCACUUGCAGACCAGCUCGCAGAUCUUGAAGACCCAACUCCCAAGGACUUUGAUCCCGAAGACAUCGACCAUGAUGUGCAGUCAAGUGGUGAUGAAGGGGCUGGCAAAGAGUCAGAUCUGAAUGCUGGCAGAGAACACUAUCAAUCGGUGGGCAAAGGAAAACUCCGAAAGCAAGAGCCCGUUGAUCUGGGAAAGCAAUACGCCGGCGCUCGUGUUAGCAGAGAUGACCUGGAGGCUGAUAGUGACGAUGAUCCGUUUGCGGCACGUACCGACGAUGAGGUCUCGUCCGAUCAAGACGAUGAUGGCGACUCCGCCUCGGGGUCUGAACUCCAGAGGACAGAGUCACAGAGCGAUGGGGAAUCACCGCAACCUAUGGAGCUCGCGGAGGCGGAUGAGGAAAGCGAGAAUUCGCACGGUGACCAGUACGAGGAUGAUAGCAGUGAGGACUCGUAUGAUGACGACGAGCAGGAAGAUGACCAAGAAGUCGAACCUGUCGAAGAGUCGACCACGAGGGGUAACCGCGGGGCUAUUUAUGAUCGCAGUGGGCCGAAGCAAGGGGAUACUGAUCGAGAUGAGCUGCGGCGAUUGAUGGCGUCAGAUCAGAAGACCAUUGCUGCAACCAUCUCACAAGCUGCCAAAGCAGAUGCGGCAAAAGGCAAGGCCGUCAAGGAGCAACGUACCACGUUCGAUGCACUAUUGAACAGUAGGAUCAAGCUGCAAAAGGGCUUGGGAGCGAUGAACGAGAUGGUGGUUGUGGUUGGGGAAGAGGAAGUAGAAGAGGGCGAGAAUGGUGAAGAAAAGAGAAAUUCGGAGGCGAUCAAGUCUGCUGAAAAUGCCGCCCUUGCCCUUUGGUCUACUCUGGAAGAACUGCGCAUUGCUCUUGCCGAUGCCCACUCUAAGGACGGAGCUAAAAAGCGCAAGCGCCAAGAUCUUAUCACCAAUUCCACUUCGACUACCUCCCUCUGGGAGCGCAUGUCCAACCUGGAGUCCGAGUCCCUUCUCCACCGUCGAGCCGUUCUCGACAAGUGGUCUUCCAAGGUUCGCGGCACCGCGACCUCCCUUCCCAAUGCCCGCGGAAAGCUGCUUGGCUCUGCUUCUGGUACUCAGACAAUCACCGCCGUCCUUGAUGCGCAUGUUGCUACAGAGAUUGGUGAUCGUGCGAACAAACGUGCACGCCAAACAACUGUCUCCAAUGGCUCAACAUCUAGCGGACUUGCUGAACCCGUCUAUGAUGACACCGUUUUCUAUCAAUCUCUCCUUCGCGACCUUGUCGAGCAACGCAUGUCUUCCUCCGAAGCCAUGACCGGUGGCCUUGAUACCCUCCACCAGCUCCCCUCUCGCCUGCCAAUUCACCCCAUUACUGGUAUGCGCAACGACAAAAACAGGAAAGAAGGCGUUGAUACACGAGCCUCAAAGGGCCGUAAAAUGCGUUUCAAUGUGCAUGAGAAGUUGCAGAAUUUCAUGGCCCCCGAGGACCGUGGCUCGUGGACAAUCCGAGCCCGGGAUGAAUUCUUCGCUUCCUUGCUGGGUAAAUCAGCAAGUGGCUUACUGGGUGAAGGAGACGAGAGUGCCAGUGACGCUGAGUCCGAUGAGGAUCGUGAGGAAGGUGGAUUGCGUCUGUUCCGCAACUGAUCCUAUUUGCGCGGAUAGCACAGCUACGACUUGUACAUGUAUCAUUCUCAAACCUAAACAUUGGAUCCCGAUCGUAA